UCUCUCCAGAGCUUGCGGGAGCCAAAUAGAUUCACCGAUUCCAGGGACUGGGCACCUUUCGGUCCGGGAGGCGGUGCCCUCCCACCGCAGGUAAUUUCUUUACAAGUCUUGGUCUUUAAGACUUGGUCUUAACAGGUGUUGUGCCUGCCGUGGACGCAUUCUGACCUGGGCCUUGUCUCUCUCUGGAGACUUUGUGUCAAUGGUUGGGGAUAGAGUGAGGUCGUUGCCUUGACAACGACAGCAUGCGGCCCUCGAUGCUCCAGAGUGUGAGCUUGAGGUGGCCAAGGCCCAUCUGCCUCCCUGCCAGCUUCACCUAGGACCCGUGACGGUCCACAGAAGAAAUUGAUCACAACAGCACUGGAAUUGCUAGUCAGCAUCUUUUAGACAUGCGAGCGAAAUGCAUUUCACCUCAAAUUUACUUACAAGUUGAAACCUUCUGGGUCUUUACACGCUAAAGGAUUUUAAAGAAAUAGCCUUUGUAGGCAGUGCCACUCGAGAAAGCAGGAAUGUUCAAUGGGCUGUGACCCAGAUGUGCAGAGAAUAAGCUGGGAGUAAUCAUAUGGUAGUUUAUGAUGUGCUUCAGAACAUCUAAGAUAUGCCAAGCAAGAAAAAUUCCUACUGGUCUUAAAUUAAAAUGGAAAAGUAUGAGAACCUAGGAUUGGUUGGAGAAGGAAGCUAUGGAAUGGUGAUGAAAUGUAGGAAUAAAGACAGUGGAAGAAUUGUGGCCAUCAAGAAGUUUUUAGAAAGCGAUGAUGACAAAAUGGUUAAAAAAAUUGCUAUGCGAGAAAUCAGGUUACUAAAGCAACUAAGACAUGAAAAUCUGGUCAAUUUGUUGGAAGUAUGUAAGAAAAAAAAACGAUGGUACCUAGUCUUUGAAUUUGUUGAUCAUACAAUUCUUGAUGACUUGGAACUCUUUCCAAAUGGACUAGAUUACCAACUAGUUCAAAAGUACUUGUUUCAGAUUAUUAAUGGAAUUGGAUUUUGUCACAGUCACAAUAUCAUCCACAGAGACAUAAAACCAGAAAAUAUACUAGUCUCCCAGUCUGGCAUUGUUAAACUAUGUGAUUUUGGAUUUGCACGGACCCUGGCAGCUCCUGGGGAGGUUUAUACAGAUUAUGUGGCUACCCGAUGGUACAGAGCUCCAGAGCUACUGGUUGGUGACGUCAAGUAUGGCAAGGCUGUUGAUGUGUGGGCCAUAGGCUGUCUGGUAACUGAAAUGUUCAUGGGGGAACCCCUCUUUCCUGGAGAUUCUGAUAUUGAUCAGCUAUAUCACAUUAUGAUGUGUUUAGGUAAUCUAAUUCCAAGACAUCAGGAAUUGUUUUAUAAAAAUCCUGUGUUUGCUGGAGUAAGGUUGCCUGAAAUCAAGGAAACGGAACCUCUUGAGAGACGCUAUCCCAAGCUCUCUGAAGUUGCUGUAGAUUUAGCAAAGAAAUGCUUACAUGUUGAUCCUGACAAAAGGCCCUUCUGUGCUGAGCUCCUUCAUCAUGAUUUCUUUCAGAUGGAUGGAUUUGCUGAGAGAUUUUCUCAGGAGCUGCAAUUAAAAGUACAGAAAGAUAACAGAAAUAGUUCUUUAUCUAAAAAAUCCCUAAACAGAAAGAAGGAAAAAGAUGAUGCCUUGGGUGAAGAGAGAAAAACACUUGUGGUACAGGAUACCAAUGCUGAUCCCAAAAUUAAGGAUCCUAAAGCCUUCAAAAUAAAAGUGUCAAAAGGUGAUGGAGAAAAAACGGAAAAAGUCAAUAAAGCUUCCAAAGCCAGCUGUUCUCACGACAGUGGCACAAGCUGCACCCGAACAGUGCCUUCAGCAAGCCCCCGAGUCGCUGGCAGCGGCAGCGUGGACCACACCAAGAGUCCAGGCAUGGCCAUCCCCCCACUUUCGCACAGUUUUUCUGCUGUGGCUCCUGCUGUUAAUUCUGGACUGGGGACCAUCCCAGGAGUUCAGAGCUACAGAGUGGAUGAGAAAACCAAGAAGUAUUGUAUUCCAUUUGUUAAACCAAAUAAACAUUCUCCAUCAGGCAUUUAUAACUUUAAUGUGACCACACCAGUCACUAAUGAGAAGAACCUACUGCAGGCAAAUAAGAAACGAAGAGAAUACUCAAAGACAGAUGUCCAUUUGCCUGAACUAAAUUAUAAUAAUCUCCCUGAAUUAAGAGCCUUGGAAGGAGUAGCUCAUAAUUCCAGGCUAAUGAGGAAAGACAACAAAAAUAUUUCAGAAUCUCGAAUUCCUUCUCUGGCUGCUAUUGACCUUCAUGCCCCCAAUACUGCAUUACAUCAGGCAUCAGGAUCCCCUCUGUCAGAAGUUUUGGAAGCUGAUCUGCCCCGAGUGGAACACCAGCACUGAGUGUCAUUUGGCUCUAAAAUUGAUGCUGUUCUCCACUUGAGGGGACAUCCUUCUGAAACAAAAGUGCUGAUAUCCUAGAGGGGGAGAUUUGUGGGGUUUGAUUGUUUACUUCCUAACUGCCCGCAUUUUCUGAGAAAGGCCUUGCAGAAGAAAGAAAGACUUCCAUAUGUUUCAAAGGAGUAAUGAGCAAAGUGCCCCUCCUCAACUGUUAUCCUAACACCUUUCAAGUCCAAUGAUGCAUUUCAAGAUAAAUUCAAAGAAAGAAUAGUGAUGUGGUUCUUGUUACAUGAAUGUGUAUUUAUUAUUUGUAGCCUGUGUAUUUAAAGCUAUUUAAGAUCACAAGUGAGUAAAAAAAGGAGAGAGAGAGAAACAUUGUAUAAAGGUAUGUUAUUCAUGCAUUGACCUUUAUUAUCUGUGUAAAUGUGUAUGUUUAUUUAGGAGUGGGUUUGGUGGAGAUAAGUGGCAAAAAUGAGAAUCAGUUGAAUAAAAUGAAAAAAACAAGGAUCAUAAAAAAAUGUUCCUUUACCCUACU